AGGACGGCCAUUGCUGGCACCGCAAUAUAUCACCAUGCAAAAAGUUAUUCAGAGAACGGCACAGGCCCGGAACCAGGCCACGCGCAAGGCCAUCCGGGCGGCCAAAGCUGCCGAACGCGAAGAGCUCAAGGACACUCUUCGGCAGCGAUUCGCCUACAAGCGCCUGGAGCUCGACAACCUACGCGAGGAGAAACUCCGUCGCCGUGAAGACUGGAUGCGUGGACCUCUGGCCCCCCAGCGUGAUGCCGCUCUCGCAGGAAGCAGGUUCGGUGCCCUGACUCCGCAGGCAUUGAACCCUCCGAACAUUCCCAAGCAUCUCCGACGAAAAUACAUCAACAUCGCGGCGGGGGAUCGGGUAUGUAUCAUGAAGGGCAAGGAUAAGGGCAAGAUCAACGAGGUCAUCAAGGUGGAUGAGAAUAACGAGACAGUGACGGUGAAGGACCUCAAUAUGGCCGAUGUCUACUUCCCCGAGUGGUUGACCCAAAAUUACGGAGAAAAAUCGCCCUUCCAGUCGGUCAGCAUCCCCUUACCCUUGGACGAUGUCCGUCUCGUGGUCGCUCUCGACGACCCAACCACCGGCCAAACGCGAGAUGUCUUGGUACAACAUGUUUACGGCGGAGAACCCAUCCUUGAACGCGGCUAUGGAGUCGAGACCCCCAGACACACCAGGUAUAUUGCUGGCGAAGACAUUGAGAUCCCGUGGCCCAAGCCCGAACCUCCGGCGCCAAAGGACGAAGAAUGGGAUACCCUCCGCAUGGAAGUCGAGACGCCAACCUGGCUGCCAUCACUCAGAUAUGCGCCUUUCCCCGCGUCGGUCAUAGAUGAACUUCGCAACCCUUAUUCCAAAUACCGAACUAGGCACGAACCGGAAUGGGUGGAGAAGAAGAGGAUGGAAGACUACAAGCGCGAAUAUCUUGAAAGCCAAUCUUUGUUGACCCCCAAGGGCGAAGCCCACCGGUUGAGGAUCGCCGCGGCGCAGGAGCGCCGUAACGCUAAGCGGGAUGCUGAUGGAAACUACAUAAUGGACUCGAAGACACAUGGAUUCAUUGAGAAUUUCUUGAAGAGCAAGGUUGCCACCAAGAUCGCCUGAUCUGUCUGGUGGUAAUGUGUUAUGCAUCGGCUGUCGGUCACUGACGAGGGAAUGGCGGCUUUUCUUUGGGGUCAAACCCUUUUUGUAAUUUCGCGCGAUUUUUUAUUUUUUAUCCACAAUGGGUGUGUGUAUACAAUAGUUCUGCUUGUAGCAUAGAAUAUGACUUUUAUUCAAAU